CUUACUCUUCUAAUCAGUUGGGCACUACGGAAUGUAAUCUUUAUGAAUUUUUAUUAAACUCAGUUUAAAAUAUUAAAUGUCAACCUGGCCUUUAAUUGAGGCAUCUCGCCCAAAACAAGUCAUGGUUACUCAACCUGGUAAUAACAAACCUAAGCCUACAUCUAAGAAAAAACCUACUCUACAAACAGAUUUAGAUAUUAAUAAAAAAUUACAUAAAUGCAAGGAAGAAAAUGCAAAGCGGAUCGAUUUAAGCAAAUCUCAAAUAACUAUUGUUCCAACAUCUAUCAAAGAACUUAUACAAUUGCAAGAAUUAUUUUUGUAUGGUAAUAAGCUUACAUCACUGCCUAGUGAAUUUGGACAUCUUUCUAAUUUGCAGACACUAGCCUUAAGUGAAAAUUCUUUAUCAUCACUUCCUGAAUCUUUGUCAAAUUUAAAAGAAUUAAAAUUUUUGGAUUUAAGACAUAAUAAACUAAAUGAAAUUCCUGCAGUCAUUUAUCAGUUAAAUACCUUAAACACCUUACAUUUACGAUUUAAUAGGAUCAAAACUGUAGAUGAUGACAUUAAAAAUUUAUCUAAUUUAACAGUAUUAAGCUUGAGAGAAAAUAAAAUUAAAGAACUUCCCAAAGGUAUAGGUAAUCUGACAAAUUUAUCUUCAUUGGAUUUAUCACACAAUCAUUUGGAACAUUUACCUACAGAAAUAGGGAAAUGCGUUCAACUAACCUCCCUGAAUUUGCAACAUAACGACUUGAUUGACAUUCCCGAUAGCAUUGGAAAUAUGAAGGAACUCAUACGUUUGGGACUGAAGUACAACUGUUUAAAAGAGAUCCCAUGUACCUUAAAAAAAUGCACAAAAAUGGACGAGUUUAACAUAGAAGGAAAUAAUGUGGUGAAUUUACCGGAAGGAUUAUUGUGCUCUCUCCCGCUUUUAGAUAAUAUCACGCUAGCCCGAAACAACUUUUCAUAUUUCCCACCUGGAGGACCUAAUCAAUUCUCGACCUGCACAUCUUUAAACAUGGAACACAACACAAUCAAUAAAAUACCCUUCGGCGUUUUUUCGACCGCGAAACAACUCACCAAAUUCAAUAUGAAAGAUAAUCAAUUGAAUUUCUUUCCAUUAGAUAUGGGAACAUGGACUCAAAUUGUCGAAUUAAAUUUAGGAACCAAUCAAUUGGCAGAAAUACCUGACGCCGUUCAAAAUCUUAUCAAUCUCGAAGUCUUAAUACUCAGCAACAAUUUACUAAAGAAACUACCUAUAUCUAUUGGAAAUCUGACAAAAUUGCGAGUCUUGGAUGUAGAGGAAAACAAGUUAGAAUCAUUACCGACUGAAAUAGGGUUUCUAAAAGAGUUGACAAAACUUAUCAUACAAUCCAACCAAAUCACCUCACUCCCAAGAUCAAUAGGGAAUCUCAGUAACUUAACCUAUUUAGGAGCUGGCGAAAAUUUAUUAACAUCGAUUCCGGAGGAAAUAGAACAUAUGACCAGUUUAGAAACAUUAUACCUUAACGAUAAUCCAAGUUUACAUAUGUUACCUUUUGAAUUAGCCAUGUGUGCCAAUUUACAAAUCAUGAGUGUUGAAAAUUGCCCCUUAUCUCAAUUCCCGCCAGAUAUCAUAUCGGGUGGUCCCUCAGCCGUUAUUCAUUAUUUGAGAACGCAAGGCCCUUACUUUAACGCGCCAUCAUAAUGAAAUGAUCGAACAUGCAUUACACUAUUAGAAUAAUAUUUCAUAAUUUGAUAUUCAUUUAUAUAAUUAAUAUAAAUUGCUAUUUAUUCCUUCCCAAUAAUAUUUGCAUUAUUUUAUUUAUAAUAUAAUAUCCUGAGAUAUGUAAAUAUAAUAUAUUUUAUAAACAUGCUUUUAUCAGUAGCGUCACAAGUGGAAGAGGGAGGGGGGGGGCAGAUGCUCGAUUCCUCUGAAAUUUUUUUUUUACUACUAAAAAAAGUUAAUUUUAGAUAUUGUUAAGCUAAAAAAAGGUAAUUUUGAAAAUAAUUUUUUGAGCCCCCUGAGAUUGUAAAGACUAGUGACGUCCCUGCUUUUAUUUAUGUUCAAUUUUUUUUUAGUUUUUAUUUGUACAAUCGAUUGUAAUCAAGAGUAACACAAAUUUUAAAAGAUUUACCUAACCCAAGACAUUUAAUAAUUUUUAAUCGUUUAAAUUUAUGAGGAUUUAAUAGAUUCAAAAGUCUUCUAAUAAUUUAGGGUUUUAUUUAUGAUGUGAUAUAAUCAGGACCUGGAACAAGGACUAAUUUGCAUUCCAUUCCGGAAAAAGUGCUUCGAUCUUGUUUCACGAGUUUAUGUAAAACUUUAUUUCCAGGGCCUCGAUUUUUUUUGUUUUUUUAAAUAUACAAAUAAAAUAACCAAUCUCAAUAACGUGUGCUAAUUUAUAUUUAUAAUGAUUAUAAAAUGUUAUGAUUUAUCCAAUUUGCCCCAAAAUAAUCUUUUCUCAAAAAAAAACAAGUCUCAAAACCACUUUUUUUGUUAUGCGUUAGCUUUUUGAUAUAUUAUUGUACCUUAUCGCAAGUUGUAAGAAUUCUUAUUCUAUAAAUAAAUUUCCCUUCACUCAGCUUUUUCCAUUUUAUUCUAUUUUAUAAAACAAAAUUGUUAUCAGUAAUGUGUAAUAUAUUAUAUUUAUAUUUUAUACAACAUUUUAUAUUUUGAAAAUCAACGAUAAAUUAAU